GGAUAGGGCUCAAAGAAUGAUCUUCAUUGCAGCUCAUGCAAAACUUGAGAAACGGGACUUUUCCAGUGACGAGGAGAAGGACGCGGAGAUGCUUACUACAGCAAAUGAUAUGAGAGUGUUCUGGAAGUGCCUAACUUGUUUAAUUUGGUGGUUGUCAGCAAAAGAGAUCAGGAGGUUGAAACAAAGUGAGAAAAAAAGAAAAAAGCUUGUACUUUAUUUUGAUACUAACCUAAGUAUUUUUCACCAGAUUUAUGUGUCACUUUACAUUCUGACCAUAACCGUGGAUACCCGACAUCCUCAACCAUCGGAGUUGUUUUGCCUUCGUAUAUCCAACUUUGCAUGUAUUGAGUUACCUGGCCUGUUUUAAAUUAAUAAAAAUGUUAUGGGAAAAACAAAGGAAGAAACUAACUAAUAUUUUCAGCUUCUUCAGUUGUCAAAUAUGCAUUAUUGAUUCCCAAGCCUAAGGCAUGCUGAAAUUUCUCAUAUUGAACCAACUUCGAUUCAUUAUCCAUACAAUUGACUGAACUUAUAUCUGUGCAAUCCUUUCUCAGCUUUACUCGCCAAAAUGCUAAAGCUUAUACCAAACUGUGUGUUUUAAUUAUUCAAUAUGUGAGCUUCUGAAUUCGGUUGUUAUACUCCUUGCUUUUGCCAUGUACUUGCUUAAUUUCAACUUUGCUUUUGAAUAUU